AGGAGCACGCUUUAUAGUGUAUUUCAGUGCAGAUUCAACUGUGUGUGUGAAAGUUAAGGGAGGGAUAAGUGAUAUGUUUGAGGAAGUGCUUUUGAGUGCCUUUGUACCUGUGGACAGUGGAGAGAUGGACGCAAUGUUGACUGACCUCUUAGAUGAAUCCAUGGACAGUGAGUGUUUGGGAAGCAUGACUCCAGAGACUCAAGAUAUAUACCUCAGACUGGACAGCCACCGCAGGCGUUCUGGACUACGCCUGGCCCGUAUCAUAUCUAGGCAACAGCUGCUGAAGAAGAUAUCCCAAGAAAUCGAAGCAAAGGAGGCAUGUGACUGGCUGAGGGCGGCGGGAUUCCCACAGUAUGCCCAACUUUAUGAGGGUAAGAAAUGGGAUUCAUAUCUAUAA